AUGAGCAAGAAAGGCGGACCGAGGAAGAAGAAGGGGCAGCACGAUGACGAGCUCGUCAACCUCAUCUUCUCUUGGUCCCUCCAAGAUGUCGCCAACAAGGACUUUUUCAGUGACAUGGUGAACACUAUACCUGACAUGUUCGUCGGUCUGAAGAACUACCUCGAUUCAUUCAGAUUCCCGCUGCUGGAGGAAAUCCGAGCAGAGAUGAGCGCUAACCUGGUCGAGCCCAAUUGCUUCAAGCCCGUAGAAAUACUGCCGUUGUUCCGCAUGCCCAACGGCGUGAGAAAACCCCCACUUUAUUUUGGGACCAUCGACGGCCGCCAUGGAGCUUGUUCCCCAUGCAUCGGUGACAUCAUCGUGCUUUCGACCGGAGUGCCGCUUCGGCCGUCCGACCUUGCGAGCAACGGGACCUCGUGCUGCCUUGCUCAGGUCCUGAAAGUCCACACUAACUGCCGCUUCCUGAUCAGAGCGUCCAAGAGAAUAGAUGAUUAUGCGAGCUACAAGUUCGUUGCUAGCUUGCUCAGUUACAUACCUUACGAUCGCAUCUGGUGGUGCCUAGGCUACGAAGGUGCCGUCAAGAGAGAUUCAGCCCUUGUAAAGUUUAUCCUGGGGAACGACACCAUGCAGAGCACUUCCCUGCUGGGAGCCCCGCCUUGCUCAGCUACCGGCGGUGCCGACGUUCUUCUGUCCGGAAGGUUCGGGCUCAAUGACUCGCAGGCCGGCGCCAUACUGAGCUGCGUCUCGGCGCUGCAGUGUGGCGGCGCGAUCAGCAAGUUCAGUCUCAUCUGGGGGCCGCCCGGCACUGGCAAAACCAAGACCAUCAGCGUGCUGCUGCUGGAGGUGAUGAGGAUGAAAUGCCGUGUACUGACCUGCGCGCCGACCAACACCGCAGUCUGCCAGGUUGCGUCCCGUCUCCUGGCGCUGAGGAAGCUGCACCCCGACGUGGGAGGGUGUCUCGGCAACCUGCUGCUGUUCGGCAACAGCGAACGCAUGCACAUCGACGACGAUCUCGACGAGAUCUUCCUCGACACUCGUCUAGAGCUGCUAAGUAAGUGCCUCUCGCCGAAGACGGGUUGGCGACAGCGUCUUCGCUCACUGGAAGUGUUUCUGGGCAAGGAAAUAUCCAUGAUCAACAAGUGUAGAGCACGCAAGCAGGACGAUGGCACACAAGUACUCAUGUACUCCUUUCCCAGGGUAUCGUUUCACAAGAUCUCCCAGGAUGUUACCUGGUGCUUGAAAACAAUCAUGUCCCAUGUCUCUAUAAAUUGUAUCCUCCACAUGAACUGCAUCAACAUUGCUACGCUCAAUAAGAUGCUCGACGACUUCAGCAAGCUGCACCCCGUUCGGAAACAAGUGCCUAAGAAGGGGAAAAACAUUGACCGCUGUAUGGGCUAUUCUGAAGAAAUAGUUCACAGCCUGAAGGGGAACAUGUCGGCAAUCCUAGACGUUACAAGAACUUUGAUGCGAGAUCUGAAACUUCCUCUGAUAAGGAAGUUCUUCGAGCUCAAGGAGUUUAUCAUUGGAAGUGCCUCUCUCAUUUUCUGCACCGUGUCUGGCUCAGCUAAGCUGGCAGGGGAGAAAAUGGAUUUGCUUCUCAUCGACGAGGCUGCACAGUUGAAGGAAUGUGAAUCCCUCAUUCCGUUGCAGCUCUCCGGACUGAAGCAUGCAGUUCUUGUUGGUGAUGAGCGCCAAUUGCCAGCUACCGUGAAAAGCAAGGUUUCAGAUAAUGCGUUGCUGGGUAGGAGCCUGUUCGAGAGACUAAGUUUGCUGGGACACAAGAAGCACCUCCUGAACAUGCAGUACAGGAUGCAUCCUUCCAUAAGCAUCUUCCCCAACAUCCGUUUCUACGACAAGCAAAUCCUUGAUGGCCCGAACGUCACGCAGGCGGGGCAUGAGCGUGGCUACCUUUCAGGCGCCAAGUAUGGGCCAUAUUCGUUUAUCAACAUCAAUGGCAGGGAAGAUCGUGGCCGCAGCAAGCGGAAUAUGGCCGAGGUAGCCGCCAUCCUGAAGAUCCUCCGUAGCCUCAAACAAGCUUGUAUCAGCGCUGGGCUAGUGGUUAGUGUGGGCGUCAUAUGCCCGUACGCUGCCCAGGUGGAGGCGAUCCAGGGGAAGAUCGGAGACAUGAAGGCGAUGCGUCCCCUUGUUCUUCGCGUGAAAUCCGUGGAUGGGUUUCAAGGAAGUGAAGAAGAUGUCAUCAUUCUAUCAACUGUCAGGCACUGCCUUUGGGUUCUAGGCAACGCGGCGACGCUGAGCAGCAGCGGUUCGAUCUGGGGUGAGCUGGUCCACGAUGCCGUGGAACGUCGGUGCUUCUUCGAAUGGGACGAUGGCACGAGCGCCUCUCCGGCCAUUUCUCACGGCUCCCGCCUGAUCGAGCCUGCGCGUGGUGGUGUCGCUUCAGCUUUCGAUAUAUGUGACGCGCUAGGUUCCCUGCAACUAGAUUAG